GCAACAACAACAAUAACAACGAAUACAACACGGAACAAAAUGAAUAUUAAUUGUUUUAAAUAAUUUUGAACUUGGCAGAGAGGCAAUGGCAACCUCAAAGGCAAAAACAAACGAAAGCGCUGAUGGGGCAAGUUGGCAAUUUGACGAACGUUUGUGCCUCCCCCUUUGGCACCUCCCCUCCCUUCUGCUUAUUAUGUGUGUGUUUCCAUCUCGCUCCCACCGAGUGCCUCCUUCUCUGUCAGCUCUUCUUGAUUUAUAUUUUAUUUUUUUCUUCUGGCGAGCAGCUGUUUCAUUGUCGCAAAUUGGCGUACUUCUUGUUUUAACACACUACAGUGGAGAUUCUUGAAGUGGAAAAUUGGUAUUUCUAUAGGGCUUUCUUUUUUAUUGUCUAAUUAUAAAGAAAAAUUAAUGAGAAUAAUUUUUAUAGGCGAGUUUAAGGCAAUUUUAUAAAAAUUAAUCAUACGCCAUGUUGUCUCGAAAAAUUUUAAGUGAUUUUUGUAGAGAAAAUAUGAGUUAGAAGCAUUAAAUAAAUUAUAGAAUUAUGAAUUAUACAAAUUUAGUUUUUUUUGAGAAUUUUUGACCUUUUUUUAUUUAAACAUCCCACAAAAAUUAAUCAUACGCCAUGUUGUCAAAAAAAAAUAGGGGAGAUUCUUGAAAGAAAUAUGAAUUGUGAGAAAAAAAAAAAAGAGUUUUAAGAAAAAAUUUUCAGAGGUUAUCCAAUAAUUGUAUAUUUUGAAACAUUUUUUUUUUCGUAGAAAUUUUUUACAUCUUAGUAAAAAGUAAUCCUUUUGUGCUUUUUUCUUUCAAAAAACUUAAGAAAAAAGUAUACAUUUUAGGUCAAAAGAAGUGAAGACAAUUUAUUUUGUACCACAUGGCGUAUGAGUAAUAUGAUAUUACGUAUACGCCCCAUGUGCAAUGUAAACAUUAUUUUUCUUGAAAAAAAUGUAAGAUUAUGAUUAGUCAGGUUCUCUUUGGAAUAGUUCACUGUACUUUUUAUUUGAAUUUGUUCUGCAGUCAUAAUCGACAGCAUUGGGACAUUCGUCUGCGUCAUUCGACGAGGACAGAGGCAGAGGCCCGCCCAGCGGCAAGAACCCAGCGGACGACAACGCGUGUUUGCAUAACAAAAUUUAUGAGAGCUUCGCUUCGUAUUUGCGCAAUGCAAUAUGAAAGCUUAAAUGCAAACUGCCGUUACCAAUUUCAUUCAAAGUGCAGGGCUAUCGGGCGAUAGUGGAAGAGAGCGAAAGAGAGGCAGGUCGGUGGGAAGAACAUGAGAGCGAACGCGUGGGGGGGCGAGCAACCAGCUGAUUCGCCCCACACUCAGAUUCUCUCUCUCUGUCAGUCUCUUUGAAUCACAGUUUUUGGAGCCCGUUCUCCCCAUGGCGCUCUCUUCUAAUGGCAUAUGAGGCGCUCUCGCUCCCUCGCACACAAUCAAAGCGCACUGCGCUGAAGCAAAGGUGCGCGGUCGCGUCAGACACACAGUCUUCUGAUUUCGCUGCCGACGGCGGGCCGUACGCACGCUAAAAAAAAAAAAAAAAAUAAUAAUAAUAAAAAAACAUCAAAGAUAAAAAAAAAACAAAAACGAUCGCUUGUUUGCUUCAGUUAACGGUACGCGCAAUGAUCAACAAAUGAAAAGAAACACAAACACACAAAUCCGCAACUGGAAGCCAAGAUGACCAAAGUAACGUAAUUAAUACCAAAAAAUGAAAGAAACUCUCAGCUCAAAGGUGCCAGCAACAAAGUUAGGAGUAACAUUCGAAUCUUAUUCGGAUCCAAAGAAUAAUAAUUACAAGGGUUCGCCAUCACUCUCCACCUCAACGACAACAUCAACAAAUACAACAACAACAACAACAACAAACCAACCACAACAACAACCAACAUCAUAUGUUAUUAAAUGUCUGUUAAAAACAGCGCGUUUUAUGUGGCAAGUGACGACUAUACCGUCUAAGAUCGGUGAGACUAUUGGUACCUUGUACCGCAUUGCUCAGGAUUCAGUUGAUAGUUUUCUAUGCGUAGCUGGCAAAGCCCGUCGCAAGGAACGCGAUGGCGAUCAAAAUUCAACAGACACCAAACUGUAUUUGGAGGAGAGUGUCCUAGAACGUAAAUUACCUGAAGCUGAUCUCAAAGCCCUAGUGGAUCUACCAGCUGGCUUGGACUACAAUGAAUGGCUGGCGUCACACACCCUGGCUCUAUUUGAGCACGUUAACUUGGUCUAUGGAACUAUUAGUGAAUUUUGUACACAAUCCGGUUGCGCCGACAUGACUGGACCCGGCAACAGAACGUACUUAUGGUUCGACGAGAAGGGCAAGAAGACGCGAGUGGCUGCCCCACAGUACAUCGACUAUGUGAUGACGUUCACCCAAAAGACGGUCAGCGAUGAGUCGAUAUUCCCAACCAAAUACGCCAACGAGUUCCCCGGAUCGUUUGAGUCGAUCGCUAGAAAGAUACUACGCUUGCAAUUUCAUGUGAUAGCGCAUCUGUAUGCGGCGCAUUUCCGAGAAAUAGCGCUGCUCGGCUUGCACACCCAUCUAAAUCUGACCUUUGCGCACCUCACCGCCCUGCACCGGCGCUUCAAUCUGAUCGACGAGAAGGAGACGGAUGUCCUGCGCGAUCUGGAGGUGGCGCUCCGUCUCACCGAUCAGGAUAGUAGCGGUGGUCAGGAUAAUACCUCCACAUCGUCGGCUCUCCACCACGAUCAUGAUCUGCAGCAGCAUCAGCAGCAGCAGCAGCAGCAGCAGUUGCAACAUAACCACCAUAGCAGCAGCACUAGCAAUAGCACCUCCUCCGCGGAGGCGUUGCAUGUCAAUUCACAAAGCAACAAUGGCAGCACAUCCGCCUCGGCAUCCACCUCACUGAUCGAUGGCGAUGCGGCGGCGCCGCCAAUUUGCACGCAACCGGAGGCAGGUGCGGGUUGCAAGCCGGCUGGGAGUAGUGGUCUGCUUGGCGGUAUACUGGGCGACUUGACCAGCGGCGAAUUUGGUGAUACAACGCGCUAUUGCACCUCGGCGGUUCCUCAGCAAGCGGCAGGUGCAACAGGAGGAGGUGGAGGAGGCGGUGGCGGUCAGGGAGGGGGAGCUGGAGCUGGAGCGGUUACUUCCACGGAAUCGACCGCUUUGAACAAUGGCGCGGGCGCACUACAUUUAAACUUUAGUAACAAUAAUAACAAUAAUCAUAAUCUGAAUCAUUUGAACCAUCACCACCACCACCAUCACCAUGGUCAUGGACACGGACAUGGGCACCAUGGUCAUCACCAUCAUGCAGCAGCGGCAGCAGCAGCAACGCAGCAGCAUCAGCAUCAGCAGCACAGUGGCCUCAUCCAGUGCAAUGCGGCGGGUGGUGGCGGGGGCAAUGUGGGUGGCACUGGUGGUGCCACUGCAGCGGCGGCGUCAUCAACCACAACGGCAUAGUGGGACAAAAUAAAAAAUUAAGCUGGGAGGAGCAACUGCAGCAGCCGCAGCAAACCAACAACAACAACAACAACAACAACAAAAAACAUUAGAAAUACUAGAUUUACGCAAAAAUGUUAUUUAAUGUUACUUCUAUGAUCCUAAAGUUGAAAAUAUUGUAAAAAUAAUAAACAAAGCAAAAAACAAAAAACAAAAAAUAUAUGAAAAAAAUUGCAAAAAAAAAAACAGGCAGAAAUAAUUACAAGAAACACACACGAAAAAAAAAUAUUACGCUAAUUGAAGUUGGCAUAGUAGUUCCGUAAAGUUGAUUUAGAUAUGUACUUAUUGUAUAGAACAGGGACAGAUCGGACAGAUACAGAUACAAAGAUACAGGACAGAGCGACAGGAGCAGAUACAGGAUGGGACCGAUACAGACCGAGCUGCAAGCAUAGAGUUUAGAGAGCCUCCUCCUCGUGCUUAUGCUUUACGAGUAUUUUUAACCUUCUUCUAAAAGUAAAAAAAAGAGCAGAAUAUUUAACAAAAAAAUUAAAAACAAAAAAUGAAAAAAGUCCUGACUGAAGCCAGAGUGCAAAUGCAAAGUCAACGCCUUCAAGGCAACAAUAUUAAACAGUAUAUAUAUAUUUGAACUAAAAUAUAUAAUUUUCUUUUAAUUUUUAUUUGGAACUAGUUCUUCAGACUAUCAUUUUAAAAUAUUAUUUCUCUUAAAAAAUUAAUUAAACUGGUUCAAUUGUUCAGGAAGUUAGAGAGAGACAGAAACACACGUAUUCUACUAGGCAUAAUAGGCAGUUUUUUUAGAAUAAAACACUUUUCACAGUGUACUUGGCACAGCCAGCCUAAAAGUAUGCACCUAAACUUCACCUCCACGAACUGCGAACAGUCGCCUAACAGUAUGCACCGAAAAUGAAAUACUAAUAUAUACCACACUCACACAACCAAGAUGACACCCCUACUCCUCCCUCCCGCACAUUGUUAAAGUAUGGAAAUUUUUAAGAAAACUAUAGUUUCCAACAAUUGGAACUAAUAAUUAAAAUAUAUAUCUAUGGAAAUGCAAAAGUUAUGCUUCGGAUUUCUUACAAAAAAAAAAAAAUAUUAACAAGAAAGGGACUUGUAUGUUGUACCGUGUAUUGUGUUGUGUUGAGAUAUACCCUUUAUAUAGAGAAACAAAUGGCAAUGAAGGAAACUUACUUUAAAUAAUAAAAAAAAAAAUAAAAUAAAAAGUAAAAAACAAAAGACGGAAGCAAGUUCUGUGUAGACUAGUAGAAGACAAUUUUUGUGCGCUCCCGUUGUAGAUAUAAUUGCAAUUCGAUCCACUAAACUGUCCAAAUCCCACUCAAGACACAGUAUCUUCUAUAUCCUCUAUAUGAAAGCACCCACACUUUCGAUCUGUUGAACUUUAAAACACAAAAACACACUUCACAAAAUAAAAACAAAAAAAUAAUGAAAAACACGUCAAGAAAUACAUGUAUUUAUAUGUAGGUAUGUGAGUUAUUUAUAGAAUACAGGUGCAAAUAGAACGGAAAUGGAUUGCAAUGCAACAACAAAAAUUAAAAUAAAAAAAAAAACAAAAGCAAAAGCGAAUUAACUGCAAAAGUCAUGCAAGAUGAAGAUAAUAAAAUAAACUGUUAUGUUCAAUUGAAA